UGAGUGUUUGUUUGUGUUUGUUGCAGCUCUGAACAGCCUGAUCUGAGCCAGUGGUUAAACAUCACCUCUCUGCAGAUGAAAGCCAUGCUCUCUGCUCACAGGAAGGCCAAGGCUGCAGAUGCUGAUGGUGUUGUUGAUAUGGAUGGUGUUAAUGACUGUCCUCCACCUGAUGGCUUCAAACUGGACUACACUCCAAAGAACCCGUACUCGAGCACCAUAAAGGAGAUGUUGACCACGUUUGGGACAGCAUCAUAUAAAGUGGGUCUUAAAGUGCACCCAAAUGAGCAGGACCCCCGCGUGCCAAUCAUGUGCUGGGGCAGCUGUGCCUACACCAUUCAGUCCAUAGAGAGAUUGCUGGUGGAUGAAGAGAAGCCUUUGUUUGGAAGUUUACCGUGCAGACAGGAUGACUGUUUGAGUUCUCUGACUCGGUUUGGCUCGGCCUGCUGGACUGUCUCCUCUCAUGCCACUGUACAGAAUCACUUUAUUAGGCUCUUAGCAGCCCUUGUUCCUGAUCCUCGGGUGGAGAAUACACCUUGUAUUCUGGACAUAGACAUGUUUCACUUGCUGGUGAGCUUGGUGCUGUCCCAUCCAGCGGUUUUCUCUCUGGAUUCCUCAGGGCUGAGUGCAGAUACUGCACAGCUGCACUUCCUGCAUCUCGUCACAGUUGCUCACAUAGUUCAGAUCCUCCUAACCUCCGUAGCAGAGGAGGUGCGGAUGGAGCAGGAGAGUGGAGGAGCAGAGAGGGAAGAGGAGGAGAAAGUGUGUAUGCUCUACAACACACUCAGGAUGCAUCUGGGAAGCGGUCUGCGUGAGGUGAACUCAGGCUGGCAUCUGUGGUGCUGUGUGAAAGCUGGAAUCCUGCCUUAUCUGAGGACAGCUGCUAUGUUCUUCCACUAUCUCAACGGAGCUCCAGCACCACCCGAGUUACAUACUCUUGGUGUGGGUGAAUGGGAGGCUCUGUGUGGAUACCUGUGUCUGCCCUCCAACCUGCUCCAGCUCUUCUACAACAACUGGGAGCUCAUGGAACCUCUGCUACACGGGUGGUGCUCUCAUCCAGGUGUGCUGCAGGGUCUUCAGAGCAGCGUGGCUCUCAUCAGGUUUCCUAGAGAGUCUAAUCAUCUCAUAGAGCUGCCAGGCGACUACAGCGCCCUGAUUAACCAGGCCUCCAGCUUCACGUGUCCUAAAUCUGGAGGGGACAAGUCUCGCGCUCCUACUCUGUGUCUGGUGUGCGGUGCAAUGCUGUGCUCUCAGAGCUACUGCUGUCAGACCGAGCUGGAAGGAGAGGAUGUGGGCGCAUGUACCGCACACACCUUUGCCUGCGGAGCCGGAGUCGGCAUCUUCCUCAGGGUGCGGGAAAGUCAGGUCCUGUUCCUGGCUGGCAAAACUAAGGGCUGUUUUUAUGCUCCCCCAUACCUGGACGACUAUGGGGAAACCGACCAAGGGCUAAGACGGGGAAACCCAUUACACUUGUGCCAAGAGCGCUACAGGAAGAUCCAGAAGCUGUGGCGCCAACACAGCAUCACAGAGGAGAUCGGCCAUGCUCAGGAGGCCAAUCAGACUUUGGUGGGCAUCGACUGGCAGCACCUGUGAAGUUACGUGAUGCUUUCUCACACCUUCGCCCACCCUUAAUACAUAAGGGGACCCGCACAGCAGAGCUAGAGGUUGCCAAGGUGUCACCAUGGCCUCUUGCUCUUCCUCCACCCCUUUCUCCAUCUUUCUGACAGUGGAUGAAUGCAUGACUUUCGUUUUUUUUUUUUUUUGGUGGGAGAUUUUUCUCUUCCCAUUUUCUUUUAAAUAUGAUAUAAAUACAUAUUUAAAAAGACAUAUAGCCAAGGUAUUGAACCCAAACAAUAUGGGUUCCUUCGCUACACCGAUAUUCUUCAUAGGAAUGCUAUUUAAUUUCUUCUCCAAGUAAUAUUCAAUUACAUUCGAGGUAUUUUGUUUAAGUAUAUAGGUUUCGCAAGACAGUUCUCUUAUCGCUUGGGAAUUGACCGGUGGUGCUGCCCUUCAAGUAAUACUUCAAAUACUCUGCAUCCUCUCUGCCCCCGUCAUCUCGAAUGCUGCAGUACACUUGUUAAGGCCACCUGAUUAACGUUCUCAUGUUCAUACAAUACAAGCCAACGCGGGGAAGAUACGGGAGCACAUGAAUAUGUCCUUGAAUGCCUGGUUUCUGUUUGUCUGGGAUGUGUAUGUGUUUGCGCGAGUGAGUUUUUACGUACAGGUGUUUAGUUGGUAUGUUUCUAAUAUGAUGGAUUUCUAAGGUGGUCCAUUUUUAUGACCGUUUGUUUCUCGUUUUUUUGUGGUGCGUAUUAUUUGUGUUUCUCUUGCGGCUGUGUGUUGUAUGCGAAUCAUGCUUUCCACGAACUGAACAUGAAUUCCACUCUUAAACAUGAUUUUGACGUGUGUGCCGCGUGUUGUGAUUUUGGACAUUGUUUCUUGAUACUGCUGCACAUUUUCUCAGCAGUAAUGGAUGCAGAAUUGCAUAUCCUUAAUUCGUUUUCGACUUUGGUCCGCUUUAGACUGUUGUUUUUUUCUUUAUAGUGGCCUUGGCUUGGGGCUUUAGUCCAAAUCAAAAUUUUUAUUUGUCAGUGACGCAGAAACGCAUUGAAUCACACCGUUGCUUCUUUCAGAAACAAGUUUUCAUGUCUCGCGCAAUUCAGAUGAAAAGCUUGUUUCUAAUGCGGUGGGCAAAUUUCCUGAGACACUUCCAGUGGCUGCAGCAGUGUAUUACAUCACAAACUGACUUGUUAAUAUGUGAAUUCUUGUAUAAAUGGGUACAUUGUACUAUAUUGUAAAACAUUAAUGAAAUAAAAAAGAGAAAAAAACUUGCAUUAAAUGUAUUGAUGA